AGCUAUCUUCCCAGCUCUGCCCCUGCAGAUGUAAAGUGAGGUCCAGGCUCCCAGUCAAGUUCAGACUGACCUGCAGGGGGGAAAUAAAGGCUCUUGCAGGCUGGGCAGCAGCAGGGCACUGGCCUACAACUCACUCUCCUCUUCCCUCUGCAGUGAGAGAGAAGGUUGGACCAAGCAGAGAACACACAUAAAUUCAACUUCCUCUGCAACCCUCCCUUUCCUCACCUCUACUCAUACAAAGGCCAGGGAACUGAGCCAGAUGGGUCCUGCAGUGGAACUUGCUGCUGCACUGGCCCCCCUUUUCCUUUUGUUUUUUUUUCCUUUCCUCCUCACACUGCCUCCCCAGAAGAAGAGAGGGAGAGUCCACUGCUAACACAUUCCUCGUUGCAGUAACCCACUCAAAUAGUUCCUUGAUGUCUUCGAAAAACUCUCCAGAACUCUGACUGAGUCUGCAGCCACUGUGGUUCCCAGCUGGCAGCCAUGAUGCUGGUGGGAGCACUGGGUGGCAUCCUUCUUCUCUGCCUGGUUGAGGAAGGCAUCAGCAAAGUCAGAAGAUACUACAUCGGAGCAGUGGAAACCACCUGGGAUUACACACACAGCAAUCUGCUCUCCGUGCUGCAAGCGCCUCCAGGCAUAUUGGGGCACUCAGAACCACACUUCCCCAUACCUGGAAUCCUUCCCCAGUACAGGAAGGCCGUGUUUGUGGAGUACCCUGAUGCCUCGUUCUCACAGCCCAAGCCUAAACCAGCAUGGAUGGGACUCUUGGGCCCCACCAUUCAAGCAGAAGUCUAUGACACUGUUGUCAUCACAUUUAAGAAUCUGGCCUCCCGCCCGUACAACCUCCAUGCAGUUGGAGUCUCCUACUGGAAGGCAUCAGAGGGUGCAGGUUAUGAGGAUGAGACCAGCCAGCCAGAGAAGGAGGAUGACAGGGUGGAUCCAGGGAAGACACAUACAUACAUCUGGGAAAUCCAGCAAAACCAGGGCCCGGCAGAGGGUGACUCAGCAUGCCUGACCCACUCCUACUUCUCCAACACUGACAGUGUGAAGGACAUCAACUCUGGUUUGAUUGGAGCCCUGCUUGUCUGCCGACCUGGGACCUUGGCAAGCAAGGAGAACCAGAACACACAGCAAGAGUUUGUGAUGCUCUUCGCAGUGUUUGAUGAAGAGAAAAGCUGGUACUCUGAUCUUGGGUCCACAGCAGCUCCUCAGACCUUGGCUCACAACAGGAGGGAUCUGCACACCAUCAAUGGCUACAUCAAUGGCUCACUGCCUGGUCUCACACUGUGCCUCAAGAAGCAGGUCCAUUGGUACGUGAUUGGGUUGGGCACAGCACCAGAAGUCCACUCUAUCUUCUUUGAAGGCCAGACAUUCCUGGUGAGAAGCCACCGUCUCAGCAGCCUGGAAGUCUCCCCUGUCACAUAUCUCACAGCCCAGAGCAUGCCAGGAACAGCUGGCUUGUUUCGGAUGUUCUGCCAGAUACUGUCCCAUCAGCAAGCUGGCAUGGAGGCCAUUGUGAAGGUGGAAGAGUGUCCGGAGGAGCGCCUGAUGAAGAUGGGAACGCUGUCAGAUGAGCCAGAGGACAUGGAUUACCCUGAAGAAGAGGAGGAAACUUAUAAUGUGAUUCAAGUGCGCUCUUUUGCCAAAGAGAAGCCUGUGACCUGGACUCACUAUAUUGCAGCUGAGGAAAUGGACUGGGACUAUGCUCCCAUGAAGCCAGUGUCUCUGGACAGAAACAUUACAAGCCUGUUCCUGGAGUCUGGCCCCCAACGGAUUGGUUCAAAGUAUAAGAAAGUGAUGUAUGUGGAGUAUCAGGAUGCAACCUUCAAGAAGCGCAAGGUGUCAGAUCAAAUGGACAAGGGAAUUUUGGGGCCUGUCAUUAAGGGCGAAGUUGGAGAUCAGUUUAAGAUUGUGUUCAGAAACCUGGCAAGCCGACCAUACAACAUCUACCCUCAUGGCCUCACCAGUGUAGGGCCAUACCACACCACGAAGACCUUUCAAGAUAAAGAUGUGAAGGACAUUCCCAUUCCCCCUGGCCAGUCAUUCACCUACAGCUGGAGGGUCACCACUGAGGAUGGGCCUGCCCAAGCAGAUCCUCGCUGCCUCACCCGGUUCUACUACAGCUCCAUUGACCCAGUCCGAGAUAUGGCCUCAGGCCUGAUUGGGCCCCUCCUGAUCUGCUUUAAGAAGUCCAUGGAUCAGAGAGGAAAUCAGAUAAUGUCAGACAAAACGAGGUUGGUGCUGUUUUCUGUGUUUGAUGAGAACCGCAGCUGGUACCUGGAAGAGAACAUCAGGAGAUUCUGCACCGAUGCAGCCCAUGUGGAUACCCAGGAUCCCUAUUUUUAUGCCUCCAACAUGAUGCACACUAUUAAUGGCUUUGUGUUUGACAACCUCCAACCAAAACUCUGCCUGCAUGAAGUUGUGUACUGGUAUGUUUUAAGUGUUGGGGCCCAAACAGAAUUCCUCUCCAUCUUCUUCUCCGGAAACACAUUCAAGCGCAACACAGUCUUUGAGGAUGUGCUUACCCUCUUCCCGUUUUCUGGAGAAACAGUCUUCAUGAGUUUGGAAAAGCCAGGCAUCUGGAUGCUGGGGUGCUUGAAUCCUGAUUUCAGAGACCGAGGAAUGAGUGCCAAGUUCACCGUCUUGCAGUGCCAGCAUGAGCAAUACCCUGAUGGGGAAGAUUAUGUGGAUUUUGAGGAGGAGGAAGACACCUUUGACUUCCAACCCAGGGGUUUCUCUAAAAGCAAGAGAUGGCACAAGCCAGGUAUGAAUGAGCAACUGAGCAACAUCACCUUUUCCAGAAAUGAGACAGAGAAGCCAAACUUGACAGAACCCAGCCAUGGGGCCCUCCUAAGCAAUAGCAGGAUUUCUGAUCCCACUUCCAGUGGCACAUCAACAGUUUUAGGAACAAUCCCACAUCCACCUGUUUUUUCCACGUCUUCUCUGGUAGAGGCAAACUAUGAACCAGUGUCCAAUGAAUCCUUCCUGGAAGAUGAAGAAGAAUUGUCAAAAAUCAUCAGCCAAGAUGAAGGCUUUGGAACUCUCCAACCUGGAAAACAUUUGACAAGUGGAAGGGUUCAUGGUACUGUGAGCUCAGAAGAACGUCAGCAGUGGCUGGACCAGAAUGACCUGGAGCAAAAUCUGGAACUUCAGGACAAGACUUCAGAGGGUGCUGAGGAGAGUUUGCUAAGAGGGACUAAUAAAAUAUCCUUAAACCUAUACGAGUCAAAGGAGACAAUCAAUAGAGAACUGUCUUUAAGCGCUGAUCAUAACUCCUUCUCUACACUGGACAGAAAUUCUGCAUCUUCAGAUGAGGCAGAAGACAACAGGUCUUCUCAUGAAGUGCUUCACAGUCACACCAGAGAAAGCAAUUAUUCAUCAAAUGAGCUCCAUGCUAGGCUGGAAAAAAGACCUCACAAAGUGAUUUUGCAAGGCUUCUAUAAAUCAUCUGAAGGGAAGAAUGUUUCUUUGUCAGACCUGGGACCCAGCAAACCUGUACAACUCCUCACAGAUGAGAGUAACUCCUUGCCUGCAAAAAGUAGCACAGAACAAGUAGCCAGUGAACUUGCCAAAGGGAUAAACCUUCCAGAAAGCACCUUUGCAAGCACCAAUGACCUUGAACCUUCCAGCCACAUAACGAUGGAAGAGAAGGAUGAAAUAAUCUUGGAGGCAGUGUUUCAGGAUGCUGCAGCCACUAAGGAAUUGCCAGAGACACACCGUCUUGCCUUUCCUGAAUUUAAUGACUUUGCUAAUGACACAAGGCAGUUCCCAAAUGCUUUCUUAAACAGCUCUGAGCUGGUUCAGAGACACAGAGCUCCAGCCUCAAGUAUGAGUGGUCCCAACUGGAGGCCUCAGCAAGCCAGGCCACUGGAGAGCAGAGGCUUGAUGCAUGUUCUGGGCCUUCCUAACACCAGUUGGCCUGGCAACAGGGACUCCAUCUCUGAAGGUGACAGAGCAGAGCAUGAUCUGGCCAGCCAGACCCUUGAGACAGCAGUGAAUAAGAAAGCCCCAAGGGUGUGUGGACCUCAUUCCCCUUUUUGCAGUGCUCGCUUUAAAAAGAGGUCCCUGAUAUCCAGGGACACUUUGCCUGAGGUGCUGGUGACUCAGCAAAGCCUGGAAGAAAAAUCAUUCAUGUCUGAGGGGAAACUACACCAGGGCAGGGAUGCUCCACGAGCUUUGCUUGGAGAUGGAGCUGAGGAGAUGCAUCCUGAGGGGAAUCCAAGCAUCAGUGAGAGGACUCAGCACAGGGGAAGCUUCUUUCCCACAGGAGGACCACUGGGAAGAAAGGCAGAGAUGGCAGCAAGCAGCUCAGUAAGACAGGCUGCUGCUGUGGCUGCAGACCUGUCCUCAAACUGGGACCCAGUCACCCUGGGGGCAGCAGGAGCCACUGGAGGCUUGCAGAGCCCAGCUUUGGCUGGGCUGCAGCCAGGCAGAGGUGCUGUCUGGGGGCCUUCUGGGAGCAAGCAAACUCAGGGUGAAAGCCAGAUGGAGGAGGAAACAAAUUCAGUGAGGCAACUGGGUCAGUUCAGUCUUCAGCCACAGCAGCAUAAAGACAAUGUCAUAGAGGGCUAUGUGCCUGAAAGCUCAUCUGGGCAAAGCCCAAAACAAAUCCAUAUGAAACCAGCCUCCAAUGAGAACUAUUCCCUGUCUCUAAGCAGCCUUGCUCACAACCACAGCACUAUCAAUAAAACAGCCAAACAGAAAGGCAGUCCAGAGGGAUGGCAUGUUCUCGGUGGGGAAGAUGUACUCAGAGACACUGGUGAGAGAGAGGACCAGGGCCUAAAACAGCCCAAGGAGCGUGAGAAAAGCAAAAGCACAUCUAGGAACCAUGCCCCAGAGCAUAGUGAGAGACUGGCUCUGAACAAUGGGACCCAUUCCAUCCACUUGAGAUCAGAGACUGGCAAGCCAGACUAUGAUGAGUAUGGUGACACAGAGCAGACCAUGAAGGAUUUCGACAUCUAUGAGGAAGAGGAGCAUGACCCACGCUCCUUCCAGGGGGAGGUACGGCAAUACUUCAUUGCAGCAGUGGAGUUAAUGUGGGAAUAUGGGAACCAGAGACCUCAGCACUUCCUAAAAGCCAUCAGGGAUCCCAGGAGUGGCAGGAGGAAGCCUUUCCGACAGUACCGCAAGGUGGUUUUCCGGGAGUACGUGGAUGAUUCCUUCACACAGCCAGUACAGCGGGGAGAGCUGGAUGACCACUUGGGCAUCCUUGGGCCAUACAUCAGGGCAGAAGUUGAAGAUGUCAUCAUGGUUAUUUUCAAGAACUUGGCCUCACGGCCCUUCUCCUUCCACUCCACACUGCAAGCCUAUGAAGAGGUGCUGGACAGACAAGAGGUGAAGCCUGGUGAGCUCCGAAAGUACUCCUGGAAAGUUCUGCCCCAGAUGGCACCCACAACACAGGAGUUUGACUGCAAGGCCUGGGCUUACUUCUCCAAUGUGGACCCGGAGAAAGACCUGCACUCGGGCCUCAUUGGGCCGCUAAUCAUCUGUCGCCGUGGGGUGCUGAGCUUUGUUUUCAGGCGGCAGCUGGCUGUGCAGGAGUUCUCCUUACUCUUCACCAUCUUUGAUGAAACCAAAAGCUGGUACUUCAUGGAGAACAUGGAGAGAAACUGCCGCCCACCCUGCUACAUCCAGCAGGACAACCCUGACUUUAAAAGAAACCAUUCCUUCCAUGCCAUUAAUGGCUACGUGAGUGACACACUGCCUGGACUGGUGAUGGCUCAGCAGCAACGGGUCCGAUGGCAUCUUCUGAACAUGGGCAGCACUGAGGAUAUCCACUCUGUCCACUUCCAUGGGCAGCUGUUCAGCGUCAGAACUAGCCAGGAGUAUCGCAUGGGAGUCUACAACCUCUAUCCUGGUGUCUUUGGAACAGUGGAGAUGUGGCCCUCACAUGCUGGAAUUUGGAGGGUAGAGUGCAAAGUGGGAGAGCACCAGCAAGCCGGGAUGAGCGCUCUGUUCCUUGUGUACAACCUGAGCUGCCGAAGUGCCCUCGGCCUGGCCUCGGGAUACAUUGCAGACUCUCAGAUCACAGCAUCAGGGCAGUAUGGGCAGUGGGCUCCUUACCUGGCCAGGCUGGAUAACACCGGCUCCAUCAAUGCUUGGAGCACUGACCGCAGCAAUGCCUGGAUCCAGGUCGAUCUUUUGCAUCCCAUGAUUCUUCAUGGCAUAAAAACCCAAGGGGCCCGACAAAAAUUCUCCAGCCUCUACAUCUCCCAGUUUGUUGUCUUCUACAGCCUCGAUGGGCAAAGAUGGAGGAAAUACAAGGGGAAUGCCACCAGCACACAAAUGCUGUUCUUUGCAAAUGUGGAUGCAAAUGGAGUUAAAGAAAACCACUUCAACCCUCCAGUCAUAGCCCGGUACCUCCGCAUCAACCCCACUCACUACAACAUCCGGCCCACGCUGCGCAUGGAGCUCAUCGGCUGCGAUCUGAACAGCUGCUCCAUGCCCCUAGGAAUGGAGAACAGAAGCAUCCCUGACCAGCGCAUCUCUGCAUCCUCCUACAGCACCAACAUCAUCUUCAGCUGGUCGCCCUCCCAGGCCCGCCUGAACCUGCAGGGGAGGACCAAUGCAUGGAGGCCACAGAGUGACAGCCCCAGCGAGUGGUUGCAGGUGGACUUUGAAGUAACCAAGAAGGUGACUGCAAUUAUAACCCAGGGUGCCAAAGCUGUCUUCACCCACAUGUUUGUGAAAGAGUUUGCUGUCUCCAGCAGCCAGAAUGGCAUACACUGGAGCCCAGUCCUGCAGGAUGUCAAGGAGAAGAUUUUCAAGGCAAACCAAGACCCCACUAACACAGUGAUGAAUACUCUGGAGCCUCCCCUCUUUGCCCGCUAUGUGAGGAUUCACCCCCGCCAGUGGCACAACCACAUUGCCCUGCGGAUGGAAUUCCUUGGCUGCAACACUCAGCAGGAGCACUGAUGGCUGCAGGGUGAGGUAUGGCCAGCACUGGCCUGAGGACCUGCAUCCAACUUGACACUAAACUCCCUCCAGAGAGGAGGGCUGGAGCAAGCCCUCCAGGGCCCUGACUGUCCCUGCUGCCAGGGAGGAGAAAGUCUGCAGAAUUGUUGCUGUGGCUGGCUCAUCAUCAGCCUCUUCCUGUUCCUCAUCUACCAGAUGCUAUUCAGUCAGAUGUAAUGCUGAAGAAUUACACAGUAUUUUUCCAGUAUCUCUCUGCACUUACUCCUCUGCACCAGCCUUGGAGUACUCCUGGGCUGUCUCAGCUAGUGGGUAAGGAUGCUCCAAAGUGCUCUGCAGAUCCUCUGUGUUCAGCUGGCCACGGCUAUGGGAUAUGACAGACAAAGCAGCAUCCUCCAGCCUAGUGAGCAUGUUUGUUCAUGCUCAGCGCAGUCAGGCACUCCAGAACAUUUCUAGGCCUCUGCCCUAGUCCCUUAUUUUCCCAUCCUAAUCUGAUUUUACAGGGUUUCUAGGGAAUCUUGCAGACGAAGCCUAGGCCACAGGUCCCACCACACCCAGCUGCCCUCAUGGCUGUCUGUCUUCUGUUUCUGGUACUGACUGCACUGAUCUUCUACUAUCACUGCAAGGCUAUUGUGCAAUUUGGUUCUACUUAUACAGAACUUGCUGAGCAGAACUUGCUUAGCAAUAGAAACUAAACUUGCUGAAGCCCUAGGCCACAAGCUAUGUUGAACUUUUACCUAGUGAAGUAAAAGAAGGCCCUAGAGCUGGUUUGAGCUGGAAGGUAAGGAAAUAAGGAAAGCCACUACCAUCAUCAGGCUGAUCCAGCAACCUUAGAGAUAAGAGAGGAAAUGGCUCACCUAGAGACAAUGAAGGGACACAACCAAGAACAGAAGACCCCAGACCCUAGUAUUACUACCUGUCAGAACUCCUGUAUGAAGGGUAGGGACUCCUUUGCUUGGAGUCUCUCUUUGGAGGCACCUGGCUCGAGCUGCUCUGCAUGUCAGAUAAAGAAAUCAUUUAUUUACUGAAUGGAUUAAUUUUCUUUAAGCAGGAGCCCACUGACAGUAACAUAAUUCCCAUCAGGUGAUGUAAUUUCCUCAGCAAAACCCAAGGAAUUUGGCAUUGUGACACUGAAGAUAGGGCACACGUUUAUUGUCACCCUGCUGAUCUUGGUGAUCCUCUGUUGCUUUAUGUACAUGUGUGCAUUGGCCUUUCUCUGUCAGGUUUCCUCCUCUGGGUCAUGUUGUUUGGGUCUUAGCUGGGCCAUAGGAGCAAGAUGUGUCAGUGAGGAGGUGCACCUCUGGCCACCAGUGUAAAAUACAACAGGAGAAGAUUUACAAGGGAAGAUGCUGACCAAAAACUAGCCCACAGGGCCAUGAUUAAAAGCAUUUUUAAAAAAAGUAGACAAGUGCCCCCCUGCACAAAGAUUAUAUCAUAACUUUCCCCAGGUUUCCAAAUACGGGUAUUUGCUCAAGAAGUAAACUUUCUGGUUCUGUUUGUGUACAAA